UGUGAUGCUUUUAGUCUGGUGGAAUAACCAAGGACGCAUGACAGAGCAGAAACUCCUGAAGUGCUUUACUUUUGGACAACUACCUCUUUCUUUUACCUUUUUGCUUUCUCCAUCAACCAAAUCCCAUCGUAUUCCCUCAGUUUUUUUCUUCUUUCUUGGUUGUUUCUUCUUGAACAAUCCUUUUAUUCUGCUUCUUUGGCCCUCAUCCGUCCAUCCUGCUUCACCUGCUGCUUCGUCAACCCUCUGAUUCUCCCGGUGUGGCGGCAGCUGUUGGCUCUGCGCUGGUUUUGUAUGGCUGAAUAAGGGUAAAAGGGUUGGUUUUUCUCUGGGGGGAAAGGGGGGGGGGUUGCAAAGUUGCAGUCAGGACCAGGAGGAGCAGGAGGCAGUGGUGGAGGAUGGCAGUGGCUCUGAAGGAAGUGUGGGGGCGAGUGAAGAAUGUCUGCAAGCAGAACGGACUUCUCAUCCUCUCUGUGCUGGCCGUGGUCAUUGGCUGUCUGCUGGGCUUUUUCCUCAGAGGCAAGCAACUCUCUGAACAGGAGGUGAAGUACUUCCAGUUUCCUGGAGAGUUGCUGAUGAGGAUGUUGAAAAUGUUGAUUUUGCCACUUGUCGUCUCCAGUUUGAUGUCAGGUCUCGCUGCGCUGGACGCCAAGUGCUCCAGCCGCCUGGGCAUCAUGACCAUCUCCUAUUACCUCUGGACCACCUUUGUUGCCGUGGUCGUGGGCAUCGUCAUGGUGUACAUCAUUCACCCAGGAGGAGCGGCUCAGAAGGAGGACUCUGAGGAAAGCAAGAAGCCAAUGACCAGCUCUGCUGAUGCUUUACUGGAUCUCAUUCGCAACAUGUUUCCCGCAAACCUGGUGCAAGCUACAUUUCAACAGUACCGAACGCAGAGAGUCCCCGAACUCAUCCCCAAACCAACGUUAGCUCAGCUCCUGGAUGAGACCACCACGCGUAGGCUCUACAUCUACGGCAUCCAGGACGACAAUGGCACGGACGUGCAGAACUUCUCACUGGACCUUACACCGCCGCCUGAUGUCAUCAUGAAAACAUCACCGGGCACCAGCGAAGGCAUGAAUGUGCUGGGGAUUGUGAUUUUCUCCGCAACAAUGGGAAUAAUGUUGGGAAGAAUGGGGCCCAAUGGGAGCGCUUUGGUCAACUUCUGCCAGAGUUUGAAUGAAGCAGUGUUGAAGAUUGUUGCCAUUGUCAUCUGGUAUUUCCCCUUCGGCAUCGUGUUCCUGGUUGCUGGGAAGAUCCUGGAGAUGGACGACCCUUCGGCCAUGGGGAAGAAGCUGGGCUUUUAUGCCAUCACAGUGGUAAUGGGCUUGGUGUUGCACGGCCUGUUCAUCCUCCCAGCCAUGUACUUCUUCAUCACUAAGAAGAGUCCCAUUGUUUAUAUCAGAGGCAUUCUCCAGGCCCUGCUCAUCUCAUUGGCCACUUCCUCCAGCUCUGCCACGCUGCCUAUCACCUUCAAGUGCCUCCUCGAGAACAACCACAUCGACAGACGCAUCAUCCGCUUUGUGCUGCCUGUGGGGGCCACGAUCAACAUGGACGGCACUGCGCUCUAUGAGGCCGUGGCGGCCAUUUUCAUUGCCCAAGUGAAUAAUUAUGAGCUUGACUUUGGGCAGAUCAUCACGAUCAGCAUCACUGCCACUGCAGCCAGUAUUGGUGCAGCAGGAAUCCCACAGGCUGGACUUGUAACCAUGGUGAUCGUGCUGACCUCUGUGGGUCUGCCUACUGAUGACAUCACUCUCAUCAUUGCUGUUGACUGGGCUUUGGAUCGAUUCAGGACCAUGGUCAAUGUAAUGGGUGACGCUCUGGCCACAGGCAUCAUGGCUCACAUCUGCAGAAAAGACUUUGUCAAAGAGGGCGAGCAGGUGCCACUGAUCUGCGAGACCAAACCCAUGAUAAGCAUCCAGCAGAUGAUGACCUACCAGAACCAAAAGAACGGCUGCUACCAGCCGCCUCCACCGGGCAGCAAACCCGACCACCUCUCCCCGGAUGUGGCUCGCCUGAUGCAGCUGGAGGAGGGGAUUCGGCCGACGGGGAAGAAAAAGCACGCUCACUCCUCUCAUCAUAAGAGGGAUCACAGGGAUAAGGACCACUGUUCAGUUGACAUGAAUGGGCUGGAGACUAAUGUAUAAAAGAUGCUGUCCUCCUAAUAAGUUAAUGGCACAUCCAGAGCCACAGAAGCCGCAGGAGCGAAAGAGAAACUGGAGAAUUGAUGUGAUCAGGUUCACAUGUUUUAUCGGAGAGCUGCCAAGAAUGAGUGAAUACAGUGACCCACAUUUGAUUGUGUAUGUUAUGAGUGUACAUAUUUGUCGGAAGUGUGCUGCUCUGGUUGGCCAACAUUUUAAACCAGGGAUCUAAUCCUGAUGGUUCCUGAGGUUUCACAUCUUCUUGGAAACUGCGAGUCUCUCAGAGGAGAGAAAAAGGAAAGCACAUUAGUCAAAAACAGAUGUACUAAAAGGAACAUUUCCC